AUUCAGAUUAAUUGGUUCAACCAAAACACACAGUCACACACACACGAAAUUUUCCAUUCUAUGGCGUCAAUGGCGACGACGAAGCUCCCCAUCUUCCUCCUCUCCCUCUCUCUCAUCGCCCUCACGGCCUACGCUAGACCCUGCAAAACCCUCUUCUUCUACACCACCACCACCUCGUUUUACCCCGCCACCACCGCCUCCAACGCCUUCUCCGAUUCGCUAAACCCUAACCCUAACUUCGAUAAUGUCUUCGCAUUCGAGAAAUCCAACUCGUUUUCCCCCAAAUUCCUCACCUUUUAUCUGACUACGGCCAAACCCCAUGAGGAUAGCCGUCCUCGCAUGUCCUACAUCUCCCUCCGCCGGACACCAUUUCAUCUCUACUACUCUAACCAAGCCGAUAACUUUAUCGGGGACGUAGAGGAGAAUGAGGCGCAGGAGAAGCGUUCCGAUGAGGAUUCGAUGUUCCCUCUUGGGAUUUAUUCAUCUGUGAGUACCAGUUCGAUCAGGGAUCGGACUAAGGAUAUCAUGAGCGUUGUCGGUGCUCUGCUUUUUGGGGUGGGAUGUGGGGCGUUGACCGCCGCGACCAUGUUUUUGAUCUGGUCUUUGUUCUCCCCUCACCGGUUUGAGUUUGACGACUCCGAUGAUGAUAGUGACGAUGACGAUAAUGAUGACGAAAAACGCAAGGUUGGCUACGUGACUAUCCCUGAUGAGGUGGAUUUGAUCAAGAUGGGGAUUAAAGCCCAGAAGAAUGGAUACGUCGCAAUUCCUGAGGAUGUUGAUAUGAUCAAGAAGGGUAUUGCUGCCCAGAUCAAGGAAGCUGCUUGAAUUGGUAUUUUGUUUUCGGGGGCUGGUUUGUGGGAUGUGUAAGUGUUGGGUCUCAUUGAAGUGCAAAAGAAGUUGUUGACUUUUAUUUUUCAUCUGUGAAAGUAUUCAGAUAUAAGUGUGUAGUAGCUGAUAUAUAAGCUGAUAUAUAAUGUUCAUGGUGUCAGAGAAAUUCAGUAUGAUUUAAUGAAUUAUAAGUGUUUAAUAUGAUCUUUGUAUCUUGUAUUCGAUUAUCAGUUGUAUGAUUUUGCAGAUUAUGUUAAUUUUGUCAAGAAAAUAAAUGAUAUUUUGCAAGAUACUGUGACUUUGAUUAUGCUACAAGAUAACCUUUUGAUUGACAACUUACUAAGCAUAUAUCUAAGUUGACCUUUUAUAUUGUGCAAUGGAAUAUUUCUUGUAGCCAUCUAUCCCUUUAGUUCUUCUAUCUGUUUCUUCUGGAUUUCCAAUUGGAUCGUAGUGUUCUCUGUUCGAUCUUGUCUUCUUAAGUACAGAAAUUUGGUUGUGAUAGUUGUGCUAAAUGGGCUCCCAAAUCUGCGGCGUGUUGUGAUGUGCUUCAAAGCCUACCGACAGUUGUAGUUGCCUGAGUAGGAAAUUACGGAAGGCUUUCACUUUGGAAAGAUUUUAUGUAGUUUGAAGUUCUGAUUGUUGAUACGAAUUUUGAUAUUGUAGUAACAUUAGUGGCAACGAACAGUUAGUUUAGUACAGUUUUACUUUUCAGCUUUUUAGCUCCCAGAAUUUGCUGGUAUAACAUGUUGCAUAUUGUCGUAUAAUAUCUUAUAUGUCUUAGAGCAGCUGCCAUAGUUUGAAUUCUUUACACAUGAUUUUGUUUGAAGAUAGAUUUUCCUUGGCUGUUUCCUUUUUCUGUUUCCUUUCUCUGUUUUUGGGAUCAUUUUGGACAUGAUGCUUAUGAUCUUUAAAGUCGUUAGAAUGAGUUCAGAAAUAGAUUAUCUUUCCUAAUUUGCCAGUUGUCUCCAACUCUAUUUUGUAGCUAUAGGACUUGCAUUGGUGCCAUCUAGGGUUAGUUCAUUUGGUCUGGGACUUUUGUCUUGAGUAUCUGGUUUUAGCGUUGUAUAAACCUUGCGAAUGUGAAUGAAUGUUAAAAUCGCGAUCCAGGUUCCUGUAGUUUUUUCUUGUCGGAGUUGCGAAUCAUUUGGGAGGUUUUAUCGCCUCAAAUAAUUAACUAUUAUUUGGAAGUGACUCAUGAAUUCUGUGGAUUUGAACCCAUUUUUGGUGUGGAUUGUGCAAUGUAGCUUAACAGUGCCUUUGCUGGUUUUGGCACACCAACCAUGAAAUUUGCUCUGUUGCUGAACUCGAACUCAUACAAAUACUAUUGAUCAAAUGAACUUUUUACAGAUACAGGUGAAUGGGCAGGCUGUGUUGCUUUGAAGUUAGUUAAAAAAACGUUUUAACUCACUAGGGCUGCUUCCUGACAUUUUUCUGAUCAAUUUGAAGCACAAGAUAUCCUGCACAUUGAGAGGACAGGUUCCCCUACCUAGGGAAAAUGUAUUUAAUCUUCUCUUAUUUCAAAUGCUAAUAUUUUUCCCACAGUAACAAGUUCACAAGAAACUAGAAUUUACCUUCUUCCAUUUUUGAAAUCCUAGCUUAUGAAUCCAUGGAGCACUCCAUCCACUUCAGUAAGGCUACAGCCAGACACCUUGGGUUUCUAACAUUUCCUAUCAUAAACUCAACGUGAUCCCGACUCUUGAAGGCGGCUAAAUAUUUGAAAGGAGAACAUGUGUACCACCUCAAUCAUGUUCCUGGUCAGCCCAUUCCCCCAAUAUUUCUGUUCCCAGGUUAAUGCCACCCAUGUAUUCUAAGUACUAGCAUUCAGCAAUCCACUCAAUUAAAACGAAUAAGGAUCCCAUUAGCUUCCCUUGGAAAAGGCUAAAGAAGAAAAUUGUGUUACUUCUGCGUGGAAAUGAUUUGAAAUUUUAACUUCCUCAAAUGAUUCAACUCAACUCCCAUUAUUUUUUGUCUAUGAAUGGAGCCACAGACAGAAGGCAUCCAUGCAAAUCCAAGAUAGUCGAAGGCCUUAAAAUUACCCAUUAACAUUCAGAUAUACAAAUAAGUUGUCGUUCCUAUUGCACGCACCAAACUUCUAGACUGCUGGAUUUGGCUCAGCUCAAUCUCAAAAGAGUUUCCUUUUGGAGUUGAAUUCCUUGUUCAUCUAAGAUAUUGCUAUUGAAGGGAAAAUAACUGCUGUUCUGCCAUCAACAGUGAAACUCUGGAAUUUGGAGAGACUCUAUCUGUAGGGAUGAGAAGUCCAAGUAAUCCGAAGGGAUUCCUACAGAGGUGGUAAUCGAUUCUAGUGCUAGAUCUCUGGAGUAAAUUGGAGUCACUCGAGGGGUCUUACCAUCAUGAAUGGCAACAAGUGCAGCUUCCUCUUGAUUAUAACGUCCCGCCUAAACCAAAAAAAGCUGACAAUGUCAAAGUUUCGCUUCUCUUGUUGUGAAAUUUCGAAAGAUUGAGAGACUCUCAUUCCUUGAGGUUCUCAAAUUACUCAUUUUAAGGGGAAGUGAUGGGGUGUAAAUGAUGGAGAGUUGCCCUCCAUCUGCUUUUCUUGAUUGUAGUUCAAACAGAUGAUGAGUCAUUCCCAUUUAGGCCAUUUUUCAAUACUUUUCUUCCAGUUUGCAAUGCCAGUUCAUGCUGUUGCAAAAGCUCUAAACUGGUUUUCGAACUAGUUUCAAUAUAUUUUAGCAUUACAAUAUCCAGAUUGCUUCCGGUCCGGUUCCGGUUCCCUAUGCAUAACCAAUCAGUUAGAUAAUUUCAGCAUCUCCAUCUAAAAUUCAUCAGGCAAAUGAGACACCAGCUUUGAAAUUUCCGCCAUAAUAUUGUUGACACUCGGGUUAUAUGAGGAACCAAAGAGUCAUCCUCCCCUCCUUCAAACCCUGUGUUCUUUGUUUACUGAUCUCCUUGACUUUUGCCUUCCGGAGUUAAAAGCUGCUUCAUCAUCUUAGUUAACCUGACGCCAUCAUCGAGACAGAACUUGAGGGAGCUUCUGCUUCGAUCAAUUUGCUCACAAUCCCCAAUCUUAUUUUAUUUUAUUAAUCUAGAGAACCCCCUCUGUGUGUUAUGUCAGGAAGACCUCGAAAACAAAGAACAACUGUAACUAUUCCACAAAAAUCCCCCUCAUUUUUCUUCAUUUUUUGGUCAGAAUUAUGCUAGUAAGGGCCCUUUUUGGUUACAAAUAUCAUUAUCUC